AUGGAAGACAUUAUUGAAAAUAGUUUCGGUGUUAAUUUAAUCCUGAUGCGUAUUCUUAAUUUGUACCCUCCCGAAAACCCGACGCUUCUUUAUAAACUGAAAGCUUACUGCGUGUUUUUCGUGCUGUUGCCGCCAGUCCCCAUUUUAGGUGCCCUAUAUUUCCUGUUUGAAGAAAAUUUGACUACGGAGGAACUCAACGAAAACGCUUUCGCAGUAGCUCAAUUAGGGUGCCAAGUCACCAAAUUCUUACCUUUCGUAGUCAACGGUACCAGGAUUAAAAAUUGUAUCCUGUAUUUUAAAUCGUCGGAGUUCAAGAUAAGCGUAGACAAGCAACAGAAAAUUAUCGACGAUUGUUGCUGGAUUUGUCGAAGGAAUUCUACAGUUUUUUUAGUUUCAAUCACAGGUGGUGUAAUUUUUUUCGCCUUGAAACCGCUUUUCAGCGAUAAACAACAAUUUCCUACCGAUAUCUGGCUACCGUUUGAACCCAAAACAGACUUACGAGUUUUCGUUGUUGUUUAUUUGUAUGUUUUUAGUGGGGUUGCAUAUGCUGCAUUUUCUUGUGCUGCAAUUGAUCCACUAAUAGCAGGCCUCGCUGGUUUAGCUAUUGGGCAACUAGGAGUUUUAAAAGACAAUUUACAACAUAUGAAUGGAUACACUGAAAACUCGAAAACUGAAAGAAAAAAGUUUAUACGUGAAAUUAUCAAGAAAAGCGUGGAUCAACAUAAUGCGAUUCUGAGAUUGUUGAUUUUAGGUACCGACGACGAGGCUCAAGAAUACGACUACUUGGGCGCUUGGGGACCCCGCUUCGACAAACUAGCAGACAUGUACGGUCCAGGAGAAGAGACUGAGCAAGAGGAAGAGGAAGAAUAA